AUGGCUAAGUUGCAUCACUCAUCGCCCACCCCAAUUUUCCAGAGCUAUCACGGCACACCCGAGGGUAGUGUAAAUGGAAGACCUACUGCGUUGAUACUGGACAUUGGCGGAGUUUUCUGCAACUUCUCCGCCGUCCCAGAUGCUCCAAUUCCAACAAAGGUGUUCAAGCGCAUCCUUGAAUCAUCCGAAUGGCACAGCUUGGAGGCAGGCAAGGCGACGCAAUCAGAGGUGUUCAGAGCCUUGACGAAGAGGUUCGCCCUUGCGGACGGUGCCUUGCAACAUACCAUCCAGCUGGCAUCGUCGACCUUGACACUCAACCAAGACUUUGUUGCAGCCGUCAGGAACCUCAAAGAGAACUCCGACGGCCAACUCCGCGUGAUUGCUGCAACCAAUAUGUCUACCGAAAGCUUUAACAUAGUUCGCUCCAAGAUUGGAGGCUGGGACAUCUUUGAUGAUGUCUACACGUCAGCCAGCCUGGGUGUACGAAAGCCGGAGCAAGGCUUUUUUGAUCGAGCUCUCAAAGAUGCAGGCUUGAAUGCAAAAUCAACUGUGUUUGUCGACGAUCGACCGGAGAAUGUCAUCUGCGCCCAAUGUAGCGGGAUGCAAGGGGUCUUAUUUGACAAUACGGACAGAGUGAUCCAAAAGCUGAACAGCCUUUUUGGUGAUCCCGUUGAGCGUGGUAAAUCCUGGCUUCGAGCUCACGCAAAGGGCAUGUGGUGUAUAUCCAACACUGGCAUUGAGAUUCGGGAGCAGUUCCAGCAGCUUCUUUUGUUGCAUUGGACGAACGACUGGUACGAAGUCACCCCGGACAAUAAGUUCGCCUGGAAUACUAACUACUCCAUGUUUCCUAGGGGACUUGUCGAUAUCGCCCAACUCAAUCCUCCUUCAGGCCAAUGGAACUGCUUUCCUUACGGGCCUCCAGUGCUGACAACGGAAGUCUUUCCUGAUGACCUCGACACUACCUCUAUCGCUCUUCUCACGCUUGAUGUUGAUGUUGAUGUCAAGCACAAGGCUAUGGAUAAUAUUCUCCAAUUUUUGAAUCCAGAUGGAUUAGCAUAUGUAGGUUGCUCCCCUUGGAUGCACUCUUGA